CAGACCCAACCAAGUCUAAGAAUUCAAAGCAUAAUGCUUUUUUUAAAAAGGCAGUAGGCAGACUCGGGAGAGUAAUAGAUCUAGAUAUACAUUGGCUGGUUUGGACUUUAGACCUUUCCCACUCUACCAUCAAUCAUUUUAUUUUUUGGAAACCAAAUUCUUUCAUGUAAACUUAUUUUAAUAAAAAUGUUUAGAUCUAUAUGCAAGCUGUUAAUUGGCCCGAAUAAAGUACUAAGAGUGUGAAAUUUUAAAAAAUUAGAACUAUUAAAGGUGAUAUGUACAUCUUGCAAGAUGAUUAACAAACUAUCUCUGUCAUUUUUGUUUUACAACCAGUAACUACAAUAAUAGAUCACUUCCACCUACUGGUAUUGAUGCUUUUGUUGGACCUCCAGCUAUUAACUUGAGGACAUUUUUUGACAAGAAAGAUGGGUGUUCAUGGACUGUGGCAGCUGUUGCAUUCUGCUGGACGUCCUGUAUCACUUGAAUCUUUAGAAGGAAAGGUUUUAGCAGUUGAUGUUAGUAUUUGGCUCCACCAAACUAUGAAAGGAAUGAGAGAUAAGGAUGGAAAUCCUCUCCCUAAUGCUCAUUUACAGGGCCUUUUUUCACGGGUUUGCAAGCUUUUGUUCUAUAGAAUCAAGCCUGUUUUUGUGUUUGAUGGUGGAGUACCCAUUCUUAAAAAACAGACUAUGGCUGCUAGAAGAGAAAGAAAGGCUGAAGCAGAAAGGGAGAGCAGUGAAAUAGCUCAGAAAUUACUUCGUAACCUUGUGAAAAGUAAUGCAGUGAAAAAAGCUUUAGGAGAAACUGCGGCGCCAAAGCGAGUGCCUGGUGUUCGCAGGGGUCGUGAUCAAGAAAGUGAUAUAUUUCAACUAGCUCCACUGCCAGAAUCAGAGGAAAUCGGACUCGCAAUUAACGCAGAAGAGUGGGAGAAGGACUUUGAACUGCAAGAAGCUUGGAUCAAAGAAAGUUUAUCUUCACUGUCGUCUGAUGCCCAACCAGACUCUGAAGAGUUCAGGUCCCUGCCAAUGGAAAUCCAGCAUGAAGUUUUAAAUGAGCUGAAAGAGAGGAAGAAAUACCACAGUCUCAGCAAGCUUAUACAGAUGCCUGAGGAUUCUGACAGCUUUUCAUCAUAUCAGCUAAAAAAGCUGAUGCAGCAAAGUAAGCUAACAAAUCGUAUAGAAGAAGUUAGAAAAGAAAUGGCUACCAAAACAGCAGGUGAUGUUCCUCUGGGUGAUGAUUUGUAUGGGGAUGAGGUAGAAGCAAGGCGGAUUGUGUCUGAAGAUUCAUCGCAUUAUGUUCUGAUCAAGGGCCUCACAAAAAGAAAGCAAGAGGAGGAAGCAGAAAAAUUUGAGUUGUAUAACAAAGUGAAACUAGAGAAAAUUGAAGAAGAGAAUGAUGAAUAUGAAUACAAUAAGAAGAAAAUGUUACAAGAUGAAAAGAAACAAAAACAACUGAUAAAAGUUGUUUCAGCAGGCUCUGAUGAUAGCGAUGUUGAAAUUGUGAUGAAAAAGAAAUAUAACAGAAAGCAGAGAAAGAGAAAAUCUUCACAGAAGGAAGUUUAUAAAGGCAGUAUGAAAAGAAGAGAGGAUCUAUCAGAAACAGAAACAAUGAAAACUUUGUCAAGUUCCAGUUUUCAAGUGGCUGCUCAAUCAGAUGAAAUGGAUUCUAGUUCUGAAGACGAAGGAUUCAUUGAAGUUACAAUUGAUCCAACUGCAGUGGUAGAAGAAGAUGAAUUAUUCCCAGCUAGCAUUUUUCAGACUUCUUCAGAGCCACUAACUUUGCCUGAAGUUAUUCCUCAUAAAAAUCUUAAGACUUCAGAUAUUCAGCAGCCAGGAGAUCCACCUUCUCAGAUAAGAAAGGAACCUAAUUCAACAGAACGUGCUCAACUUGGAAGUGAAGACGUCAUUCAGAAGUUGGCAUCUGAUGAAAGUGUUGUAGCUAAGAGAAAAAGUGUUCUCAACGAUAUUCUUCAACAACUGGAGGAGAAAAAGAAAAAACUUAACGAAACGUUACAAGAGGUUGAAGGGGGCGAUGGUGGGGAUGUUGUUCCUGACACCAGUACAAGUGGGGGGUUUUUUAGGGAAGAUUCUGACGAGGUAGAAGAUGAGCAGAGUUGUCCUGCUUUCAGUAGUGGUGAUGCUGGGCUAAAAUCAGCGCAUGAGGGGAAAGCUCAGACAAGAAAAGAUUCUGUGCCACUGUCAGAUAGUGAUGAAGAAUUACAACUUGCCAUUGAAAUUUCUCUACAAACUGCUGUCAAUAGUUCACACAAAACUAACACAAGUCCAGGUUUAACCAAGGCAAAUAAAGAGUCACCUGCUUCUAGUUCAGUAAAAAGUAACAUUGACAAUGUCAGACUAUCUAAUAAUGAAUCCAAGACUAACAUCCAAGGUAUCACAGAAGAGCUCAAAUCCGCACUAAGUGAAACUGAAGAGUCCCUAAAUGAAAAAGGUAUAAGCAGCUCUUCAGACAGUGAAGUUAGUGAAGAAGAAAACCUUGAUGGAUCAAAGCUCAGUAUAUCACCAUCAAAAGCUGUUGCCAGACCCCAACCAGAAGAUUUUGAAGGAGAGGAUGAGAUAGAAACAUAUUUCCACAAUCUUAAUAAUGAUGAUCUAAUGGAAAUGAAUACCGACCUAGACAGUGAAAGAAUGGCACUGCUCAUGGAGCAAGGCAAACAAAACAGACUUGCCACAUCGGUAACAGAACAAAUAAACAUGGAAGCUCAGGAGUUGUUGAGACUUUUUGGAAUCCCCUACUUAGUCAGCCCCAUGGAAGCUGAGGCUCAGUGUGCAUUUCUUGACAUCACAGAUCAAACUCAGGGCACAAUCACUGACGACAGCGACAUCUGGUUGUUUGGUGGCCGUAGGAUGUACAAAAACUUUUUCAACCAAAGCAAACACGUGGAGUUGUUUACAUUUGACAACAUACACAAGCACUUUGGGCUAGGCAGAGAGCAGCUAAUCAACAUAGCUCUACUGUGUGGAAGUGACUACACAGAGGGUAUCCAAGGAGUUGGGCCAGUGAGAGCUCUAGAAAUAAUGGCAGAGUUUCCUGGGGAUGGGCUUGAAGGCUUAUGUAGAUUCAAGCAGUGGUGGGACAAGAUAAAGAGACAGGGCAUUCAGACAUUAGAAAACAGAACAAGAGAUCGACUUAAAGAUUUAAAACUUUUUCCAGGGUUCCCUAGUAAGACAGUGGUUGAUGCCUACCUAAACCCUACAGUUGAUGAUUCCACUGAGAGAUUUACAUGGAGAUUGCCAGAGCUGGAUCUAUUGAGAGAUUUUGCAAAGACAAAAUUUGGUUGGUCCAAAGAAAAAACUGACCAGUCCCUUCUUCCAAUGAUAAAGCAAUUAACUAAAAAAGAUAGCCAAGCAAGAAUUUCAGCCUUUUUUCACCCUGACAGUUUCACUCCUGUUUCAAAAAUUAAGAGCGGCAGGUUGAAGAAAGCCCUUGCUUUAGUUAAAAACUCCCAGGGAAAAUCUGGUGACGGUUCAGUGGAUCAUGAAGGUUCUGAUGACACAAGCGCACGUGUAAAUGUAAAAUCAAAGUCACAUGUCGAGAAUCCAAAUGCAGGAAUACAAGAUGGCAUAAAGUCAAAUGUCAAGUCUAAAUCUAAGUCAGAUGGAGGCAAAGGGAGAAAAAGAAAGUUAGAAGCAGAUAAGGGGUUGGAUAUUAAUGACCAGAAAUUAGAGAGAGAUAAAUCUAGCAUCCAAAGUGCAAGUGAAGCAGACUCUGAUGGAUUCAUGCUGGCCAUGGCUGAGAAGGUUAAACAAGCUUCUGCUGUCUUAAAAAAAAUGAAAGAAAAAAAUCAGAGUUGUCCUCCCAUGAAAGGUUCAUGCACUGCUAAACCUAGAAAUAAAACGGUUGCUUCCCUUGAUAGAGCAAAACCUAAAAUAAAAGGAAAACCAAGAGGCGCUACUGCUCACAAAAGACCUAGUGUUAAGGCAGUAGGGAACUUGUCUGAAAGUAGCAGCAGUGACCAAUCAGAUGAUGGUAGUGAGAAAACAAAACCAACCUCUGCUGGUCACUCUAACAGUGUGGACAAACUGAAAACACCACCAAAAUUAGCCAGGGAUAAACCACCAAAUAAUUUCCAUUCUUCACUCAGUGAUAAAACUCAAGUGAAAAAGUCACAGGGAAUUUCCAAAGUGUCUUUUGAGAAAACUAGUAAAAUUAUGAGUGAUAUGGGGUCAGUUUCUACACAUGUAGUGAAAGGUCAAACCCCUCAACCAGCUUUAAACCACGAUGAUGAAAAUUCACUCCAAAAUAAAGAGAUUACCCCUAUACCUCUGGCCAGUUCUAAUCUUAGCAGUUCCUCCACAGACGCAGUGGAUAAAAGCACAGCCGAAGUGGAUAUAAAAAAAGCUGAUGUUUCCAUCAUCAACAAGCAGAACCUUCCGGAAACACUGGCGUACUUAAACAAAAGGAGUAGAGAGGACAAGAUGUUGCUUCACCAGCUGAAAGGUGAGCACGUCAAGAACGCUGUGGAGAAGAGGCUGGAGGAGAGUGAGAAAAGAGCAGCAGCAGAGAUGCUGAAGGCCAGGCCGCAGGACAAAGAUACCGAUCAGGUUAUGUCUUUUGAAGAUCUACUCGGUGGAAUGGAUACCCUGACCAAAGCUAAAAAACUUUCUAAAACAAAAAAACAAGUUAAGGAUAUCUCAAAGCAUUCACAGAAAAACAAAUCCCACAAAGUUAUGGACAAAGCAAAUUUAGAUGAUUUUUCUUUUGCUAGUUUGAUGGGUGAAGAUACAUUUGAAGAUGUUUCUCCGCCUGAAGUAUCUAAAAAGUUGAAAAUUCAAGAUAAAAGUGAUAGAAAUAAAGAUUCCUUUACUGUGGGUGACCAAAGUUCAAAGGGGAGUAAGUCAGCCAGAGCUAAGAAUUUUGACCAACCAAUCGCUGGGAGUGAUGAUGAAGAUGAUGCCUACAGAAGGAAGCUGGGCACAAAAGAAGUUUUCAGAAGGCAAAUGGAACACUUGACUGAUGCAAGGUCAGUCAGAGGUCAUGGUAUUCUCCCACUGCAGUCCAGUGGGAAUGCAAGUAAAGGCAGGGCAUUUGCUGGGAAGGGCAAAGGUCGUGGUAAAAAUAGAAACCAAACAGGAAGUGCUCAAGUUGAGGACAGUGAUGACAUUACAGAGUAUGCUAUGAUGACUGCAGAAGAUUUAGGAAGUGACUUCAGUGAUUGUGACUUUACAUAGCCAUGAUAUUACUAAUGGGUGUUUUGAACUUUUUGUCCCAUCUGGUAUAUCUUUGUGAUGGCCUAUACUUUUCCAUCCAACAAACUGGUACUAUACACACAAUGAGCUGUGUUAUUUUUGCAAGCUGUGUUCCAACUUGAUAACUAAGUGUGUAGCAAUAAGGUGUGUAGGACACACAGGGCAUAAUUUCUCACUGCUGUGCCUGUAGCAGACUUAAAACUUAGCUCUGCCUUUCUCAUGCUCUUCCUGUGGUAGACUACUUCCACAACCCCACCUUUCACAUUUUUCCCAUUUGUUUAAAAAAAAAUAAUAUAAUUGUUCCCUCUUAAUCCUAAUGAAAUCUACUGUGUUUGUGAUAUUUAUACAUAUCAUUUGCAUCAUGCUUCUAAUGCUUUAAAAGCCACAUUAA